AAAAAAACAAAUGGUGUUCAUUUACAUUUGUUUAAAUAUUGUAUUUUUUUAAAAAAGAUGAACAUUUAUAAUGUGGUAAAUAAAAGAUUUUAAUAGUGAUUUAAUUAGAUUCUGUUCUCAAGAUAAUUAUUGAAAUAGUUCAAGAUUGUUUAUUACAAAUAUGCAGGGUGACGACCCUCCAUUUUUACCAGUGGGAACUGAUGUUAGUGCUAAAUACAAAGGUGCUUUCUGUGAAGCUAAAAUAAAGAAAGUUGUACGUAAUAUUAAAUGCAAGGUAACUCUUAAAGCUGGUGGGGGCAGCAUCACAGUGAAUGAUGAUGUUAUAAAAGGCACACUGAGAGUUGGCAGUACAGUGGAAGUUAAACAGGACCCCAAAAAAGAUGCAAUGGAAGCUGUAAUUAGUAAGAUACAAGACUGUAGCCAGUACACAGUUGUAUUUGAUGAUGGCGACAUAACAACAUUGAGGCGGUCAGCACUGUGUCUUAAAAGUGGACGACAUUUCAAUGAGAGUGAAACACUGGAUCAGUUACCACUUACUCACCCUGAGCAUUUCUCCUCACCAGUAAUAGCAGGCCGAAGGGGUCGAAGAGGAAGAGCUCAGUCGGAUGAAAGUGAAGGCGAGGGCAGCGUAGCACGCGUGAAGGCGGAUGUGGAGCCGCAUGUGGGGCGCGUGGUGCUGGUGGAGACGGCGGGCGCGGCGGAGCGCCGCCGCCCGCAUCAACCCGCCUUCCCGGCACUUGUUGUCGCACCCACCGCGCAGAUCAAGGUCAAGGAGGACUACCUCGUGCGUUCCUUCAAAGACGGACGAUACUAUACGGUACCCAAGAAAGAGGCCCGCGAAUUCCGCAAGGGCAGUGCACCGCUGGAGUGGGCUGGCGUGGAGGCCGCACUGCAGUACCUCAACAAUGGGGUGCUACCCCCGCACUGGGACCGCGACGCAUUGUUCAAUGAACCUAGAAACACAUCCGAUGACAGUUCAGACGACGAACCGCGCGAGGAGAAGGAUCACUUCGUAGCGCAAUUGUACAAGUUCAUGGAUGAUCGCGGUACGCCUCUCAAUCGCAACCCUACCAUAGCCAACCGAGAUAUAGACUUGUAUAGAUUAUUUAGAGUUGUCCAAAAAUUAGGUGGAUAUAACAGAGUAACAAAUCAAAAUCAAUGGAAAUCGAUUGCCGAUAAAAUGGGUUUCCACCCGGUCACAACCAAUAUUACUAAUCUUUGCAAACAGGCCUAUAAAAAGUUUCUGCACAGCUUCGAAGACUUCUACCGGAAGCUUGGUGUGACGCUGGUGGCGCACCCCCGCGGCGCCCGCACUCCGCCCGCCGGCCGUUCGCUUAUACGCGACCGCGACCGCCUACCACCCUCCGCCUCCGCUUCCUCCUCUUCCACUCCCACUAGCACACCACCACAGCGUGGAAAAGACAAGGACUCGGAUAAGAGCGAGACAGAGAAAAGUGACAAAAGUGAAAAAGAAGAAAAAGUAGAUAAAGUAGAGAAAACAAAAGAUAAACCUCGUGGCAGUGACGAAGACGACAGCGCUGACAAUCAGCCGCUAGUUACUACUGCGCCCAAGAUAGAAAAAGAAAAAGAGAAAGAGAAAGAAAAAGACAAGGAGAAGGAGAAGGAGAAGGAAAAGGAAAAAGAGAAGGAAAAACCGGCACCAACAACACCAGUAAACGAAGACAAACCUAUUAUCAAACCCCGAUCGCAAUCUAAAAAUCGCAGUAUCAUUCCGAUCAAAACAGAACUACACGAGAAGAGAACACCUAAGCGGAGGCCUUUAUCUUCUAAGGUUGGUGAAAGCGCGAAUGUGAGCACGUCAAGGGCAUCGAGGCGACCUCAUGCGUCUACAGACAGUGAUAGCUCAGGAAGGGCUUCCAGGUGCGGACCCACGAAAAAAAUGCAGAGUCGCCGCAGUCAAAGCGCGAACUCAGCGAGUAGCGGGAACACCAUUGCUUCCAACAGUAGUAAACGGCCUCGGAAGAGGAAGAAUACAGAACCGUCAACAAACGAGCCUAGCAGAUCGCGUGCGGGCCCGGCGGGCAACAAGGCGCAAGUGGGCGACAAGCUGAAGGUGUACUACGGACCGACGCAGUCCGAGUCCAAAGUUACGUACGAAGCGAAGGUUAUAGAGGUGUCUGCGGAGGGGCUAUUGCGCGUCCACUACACCGGCUGGAACACACGCUACGACGAGUGGAUCAAGCCGCAACGGAUUGCGCUCAAUGUCACCCAGCACGACGCCAGAAACAAAAAGAAUACAAGUAUCAGCAGGCGUUCCAGAUCCAAACGAUUAGAAGAAUCUUCCGCUCGAUCUGAGAGCGAUAGUGACUCAGACUCAGAUGAUGACAUCAAGAGGCCUCCUAAAAAGUCAGACGACAAAAGUAAUACAAAAACUCCGUCCAGAUCAAAAGAUGCUAAAUCUAGCGACAGCAGUAGUUCAAGUAAACCACGCAAGCGCCCUAUAAGAACAGUGUCUACUCCAACAACAACAAUACCGGCGAAGAAACCACGACCCAAUGUUACUGAGCAUCAGGGGCGUGACUACGACCUAAACCAGAUCAGAUCUGAGCUCAAAGGAUUACAUUCUGUCAAACAAGAGACAGAAGAAACUAAACAAGAAGUAUCAGAUAAAGAAACAAUAAGUCCUCCCCCAGUAACGACGCCCACGCUCGAAAAGCAACCUGAACCUGAGAAACAAGCUGAAGAUGUUUACGAGUUCAAAGAACCUGAACCAUUCGAAAUAGAACUGCAUGAUGAGAAAAAGAAACGGACUCACCGUAUUUUUGAUGAUAUAUCACCAAGCAAGUAUACAUCAUCAUUAUCAAAGUCACUGAGUGAAGAAAUAUCUGAAGAUCCAUUACGGCCUCGACCGUCUACCUUAAGAUCUCCCUCUUUAUCACCAUUCAGAGAUUUUGGUACAUCCCGUGAUGUUCCAGGAAGACAGAGUCCUGAGGAGGACUCUAAAGAUGAUUUGUUUUCUAUGGAUGAUGAUUCAUUCCCAGGUGAAGGUAGUUCGGGACCAAUAUUUGAAGGAUUUACUCCAGCUAAAAACCAAGAAACAUAUUCGAAAAAGAAUAAGGUCUCUAAACUUAGACAGCUCAUAGACGACGAUUCCCCAGAUAGUCCCGCUGAUGAUGAACAAUCAUCUGAAGAUGAAUCUGAAGAUGUAGUAAUGAAAGAAGAACGAGAACCAAGUCCAGUUCCCUCAAAUACAGAAGUGCCAAAGAUCCCAGAACCUGUAUGUAAAGAAGAAGAUAAAGCACCUGAAGUUAUAAAUGAAAUAAAAGUAGAAAUAACCAAUGAAACAAUAGAAACACCUAAACCAAAAGAAGUUUCGCCUGAACCCACUAAAGCACCACCUUCACCAAAGAAAUUAGAACUUCCUAAUACCAAUAUUAUCACACCAGUUACAAAUGCUGCUGCUGUAAUCGCUCUUCCUGAAAUGCCAAUAGAAGAGCCUAUAAAGGAGGAACCGAAGCCUAAGAAAGAUGAACCUAUGAAGCUACUUUCUCUCCCUCUCCCUAUCGUAGAACUUAAUAAAGAGAAUGCUCUUAAAGUGAUUAUAGAAAAGAAAAUGGAUCCUGAACCAGUUCCACCAAAAUUAGACCUACCAUCUAGUCCCUUAAUAGAUACAGAAGAAGAUAAAUCGGAACCUGAUAGUCCAGCGCGCAUCGACGUGCUACCUGAACCGCCGCCUGGCUUCCGACUGCAAGCCGAAGGACCCAAGAUAGCCGAGAAACUUCUUAAAGCAAUCAAUAGCGCCAAACGACUUUCAAUGUCACCGUCGCCGGUUGAGGAACGUCCCUUAACUCCUAAAAAAGAUAUCUCUAAACAAGCUAAGCAGGAGGGUAAAUCAUCUCCCACCGCAUCAGACUUUAAAACAACGAUCGCUAGUAAAGUGGAAACAGCAAAACCUGUGAUUAAAAUAGACUCUGUCAGAAAAUUCAGCCCACUGAAUAUCGGCGACUCUAUAUUUGGGGAGCCUUCGAAUUUGACUGACAUCAAGCGCGACGCAGCAGAUGUGAAGAAGGUAAAACCGAAGGAGCCGACACCACCCAGGCUGCAAAGUCCGCUGAGCAUCUUGGAGAGACGCAAGAGCGUGGCAGAUCUUCCUCUGAGUACGCCAGGCAAGAACAACAAGGUGCUCAGCGACACCAUCCAGAAGCUCUCCAGUCAGAUCAACCAGUCGGCGGCAGCCGUAGCAGUUGCAACCACCAUACCGCUACCAACUUUCCCCGCGGACGACAGGAGCGAAUCCAGUGAUUCUGACGACUCUGAAGGGAGAAGGUUAAUAAUCGACAAGGUAUCAGUGGAUGAGUGGGGUAGCGGCAGUGGCAGCUCAGAAGCGGCAACGACAGCGGGUGUCGCGGGGACGGGGACAGGGACAGGGCCUGUGUCAGGAUCGAUCCUGGGGACAAGUAUAGCGGCGAGCAUGAGCGCGGCCCGCCUGCCCCGUGCGUUACACGCUGGGAAGUCACCUGGCGAGUGGAGCGCCGGUGAAUCGCUUCUUAUGCUCGAAGAUGCAUGCAAAAAUGAAAGAAAACAUAGUGCGAGCGUAGUGGUUGCGGGCAGUGGGCGCGGAACAACGACUUCCCUCGGCGUAGGAGUUGUGGGGUCAGCAGGGGCCGUGGUAGUAGGGGCGGGAUCAGUAUCGGGUGUGAGCGGCAGUGGCGCGGGGGGCGAGGAGGACAGCAAUAUCUCGCUGCUGCUGUGCGAGGAGACAAUUCCUGGGUCGCCGGCGCCAGAUGCGGAACCCGCACCGCCUCGACUUCGACCACAUAUGCCAUUCGCUUGCGCGCCGCAGCAUCAUACGCACUCCAAAGAUGAGGCUCACGGCGAGUGCAGUUCAGGAAUGAGAGCGGGUGUCGGGGGCGCGGAGAGACAAGCAGGGGCUGAGGGUGCGGGAGCGGCGGGCGGUGGCGGGGGCGGCGGCGGGGGUGCGGGGGGCGCGGGGGUCGCGGGCGGAGCGGGGGCGCGGCCGCGCUGGGCGCGCCGGCACGCGCUGCUCGACAACACGCCGCCCACCACACCCGACAGCAGCCUCGACAUGUCGCCACACAGGGAACGCCGAAUGUCAGAGCGUGACAGUCCUUUAGAACGCAAGGAUGACGAAGACGACAGCCGCCCUCAUGAUGCAUUACUGGACUUGGAUAAAUCUCUUGCGGGUAAUCGGUCCCGCAAGGCGUCGGAGAGUUCGGCGGGGCCAGGCGGGCCGGCGGGCGGCCGCCGCGCGCGCCGCCGCCGCGACACCGACGACGGCGCCGCGCCGCCGCACGCGCACUCGCUACCGCAUCAGCCGCCGCUCAAGUACAAUUUCUACGUCGAUCUAGACCCAUCAUGGGAUUGUCAAACACGUAUAAACGUGUUGACAUCACGUCUCGCAGACUUACGAAAAGCGUAUCAUUCUGUGAAGGCCGAACUUGCAGCCAUCGAUCGGCGCCGCAAGAAACUGCGACGCAAGGAAAGAGAAGCUGUGAAGGCGGCAAAAGCUGCAUGCUCAUGAUGAAGGUUGCUCUAAAUGAGCUAAGUAUGGCCAAGAACGCAAUGAAAGAACGAACCUGUGUAUACUUUCGUUUUAGAAUAACCAAGUGGAACAAUAACUUAGUUUAUUUGAUUAUAGUUACUUAUAUCACGUGGCUAGUUGUUUGUAGUUUGCGUUGGAAAACUAUAGUGGUGAAUACAGUGAAUGGAACAAUGUAAUAUACUGUCCAUUAAAAGAAUUCAAGUGAUGUUACAAUAGACAUAAUUUCUGCCUCAGUGAAUCUGGUGCAGUGACGUAAUCAAGAAUAUUUAUUCGCCGAAUCGAAAAACUCGAUUUAACAUUUUAUUAUUUAAGUUAUUGUUGUCGUAAUGAAGUGAUUAUGUAAUUUAGUAUAUAGUUUUACUUGAGUAUUCAGUUUAUAUUGUUUUUAAUUUGUAACGCAUUUAUGAGAACCCAGCACUUGAAUACUGUUUUACCUUUACAAUGUUUUAAUCAAUUCUGAUAGACAUAAUGACAAUAUAAAUUAUAGAAUGUAUAAUUAACGUGUGCACUAUAUAAUAAUUGCGUGUGUAUUAUAUAAUAUUGCUGACGUAUGCGACUAAUAAAAAUCUUAGGAUUGCAGCCUAGAAACAAAUGAACAAUGGGGUCGAUUUUAAAGCGCCAGUCCUCUAAAUUUGUCUAUGAACCUAUUAUUUUAAUUUGAUAGUUUCGCAUUUUACUAAUGUACUGUUUUAUGGACUAUCAUAAACUAAAUUUAUUAUAAUUUUGACUGAAAUCUAUUAGAUAUUGAGUUCAUAUUAGUCCUUAAAGAUUUCGCUGUUUUAUCGAAUUAAACUUUUAAUUUUAGACAUAGAUUUAGAAAAAUGGUAUGUCAAAAUUUAUUCUAUUAAGGGCUCUUUAGAGUCGCAAACUUCACCGUGCUACUUGGAUAAUUUGAGCGAGUUCUCUAGUGCACGAGUAACUCCGCUCGCAAACUGGCGAAAUCUUGGUUUUACUAUCGUUUUUCUGUAAAUAAUCGUGAUUGUGGAACAUUUUACCUGUAUAUAUACCCCUGCAUCACACGUUAUAUUGAAGACUGAAAGAUGGAAAUGAUAAAAUUGGAAUAUUGUGACAAAUCUUUAUUUCCCAAAUUAUAUGUCUCAGAUUUAUUAUAAAGUUUACUUUUAAUAAACAUUCUUCAUGGAAAAA